GCCAGCUGGUUUUCAAUGGGAAAGCGUGUGCAAAGCUAGUAAGUGGCUUGCAAGAAACGGUAGUUCUCUAUUCGUUUGCUGCCGGUUCGCAUGGUUUGAGCGGUUACGACCAAAACGUGACGAAAUCUAAAUCUGUGUUAUAAAAUCUAACGUAAUCCCAGCCAACCAGCGGAUUUUAGCCGGCGAUUUUAUCUGUUCCUGAUCUAUUCCAGAGCUACACAAAAAAGUUAUGGCACAAGAAAACGGCUUUUUGCCUUAUCCAAAGGGAUUUGCAACCGCUGCCAUUCACCACGCUCAAGAGCCGGAAAAAUGGGACUCUAUGGCGGUGGUCACUCCUAUUGUGACUUCCACCACCUUCAAACAAUUCGGACCUGCAGAGUUUAAGAAAUAUGAAUAUGGCAGGUCGGGGAACCCGACUAGGGAAGUUUUAGAGCAUGUUUUGGCUAAGCUGGAUGGCGGCAAGUUUGGCUUAGCGUUUUCGUCGGGUUUGGGCGUAACUACUGCAGUAUUGGGGCUCUUAAAUGCUGGCGACCACAUCAUAAGUGGAAGCGAUGUUUAUGGAGGCACCAACCGGCUGUUCAGUAAAGUGGCCACUAAGUUCGGAAUCGAAAUUUCCCUGCUGGAUUUCACCGAUCUGGCUAAUGUGGAAAGCCACAUCAAGGCGAACACUAAGCUAAUCUGGACCGAAACGCCCACAAAUCCGACUAUGCAAGUGGUGGAUCUGCGAGCUGUUUCCAGCAUAGCCAAAAAACAUAAUCUAAUCCUCAUCGUGGAUAACACCUUCCUCACCCCAUACCUCUUUAGGCCGCUCUCCUUUGGUGCGGACAUUGUUACUUAUUCUCUCACUAAAUACAUGAACGGGCACUCAGACGUCGUCAUGGGAGCUUUGGUAACGUCCAAUCAGGACCUUUACGACAAGCUGAAGUUUUUGCAAAACUCUAUGGGAAUCGUCCCCAGUCCCUUCGAUUGCUAUCAAGUGAACAGGGGGUUAAAAACGCUGGCUUUGCGAAUGGAGCAGCAUAAAAAGAACGCCCUGGUUAUCGCGAAGUACUUAGAAAGUCAUCCUAAGGUGGAAAAAGUUUUGCAUCCCGGCCUUCCAUCUCACCCUCAGCACGACCUGUUCAAGAGACAAACCAGUGGGCACAGCGGCACAUUUUCCUUCUACUUAAAAGGGGAUCUCAGCAGUGCCAAGAAGUUCUUAACUGCAGUAAAACUCUUCACAUUGGCUGAAAGCCUGGGAGGAUACGAGAGCUUAAUCGAACUACCAUCGGUUAUGACUCACGCCUCAGUUCCUCCAGAGCAAAGAGCAGUAUUGGGUAUAACCGAUUCCUUAAUUCGAUUGUCUGUCGGUAUUGAGGACAUUGAGGAUCUGGUUGCCGAUCUAGAGCAGGCUUUCGCCGCUCUAUAAGUCGCCUCAUUUCGGGGGAACAAUCUCAGGUAUGAUGAGCUUAUAUUCAGCCAAAACUCCAGGUGAUAGUUGAUUUCAAAUAGCUUAUACAGGAUGUUGUAAAAGCAAUGUCCAUUCAAGAUGGGAAAAGCAAUGCCAUAAUCUACAGUUAUUUAUUUCUUGCUCAAAAAGUUUCACAGUAUGGUUUUUUAAUGCUCUGUAUAGACUUAAUACUUCCAAUGAAAUCUAUCGAAUUUUGUACAGAAUUGGAUCAUAGAUGAUGAAUGGAAGGGUGUGCAAAGAUGCAGUAUUAAUGAUAGAUAAAUAGCUAUUGUAGAACGUUCCUUGGGUUCAAUUUGCGGCAGCAAUUAUUUUUGUUAUACUUGUAACGUCCCUUAUUUAUUGCAAAAAUAAAGGAUUUUCAUUUAACUA